UCUCAAGAAAGCUCUCUCAAGAACACCAUGUUCGCUCUUCACCACCACAACAGAAUGAUUGUCCCCAGCAUGCCCCUCUCAGACGCCUCCUCCGACAUUCUCCUCCGCAGCCUGCCACAGCAAAAAUUCACUCCACGCCACGUCUACUUGCGCCAGCAGCAUACCGUACAAGUUAUAGAGCUCGUCGAGGGCCCACCACCCCCACCUCGUCGAAUCACCUCCGUCAUCAACGACUCCUCAGUUGCCGCCUCCUCUUCGUGCGACGAUUCUUCGUCAGAAGAUUCUGCGUCGCAGCUGUCAACUGAGGAACCAUCCUGUUCCUCCUAUUGCUCCUCGGACAUCCCACCAGAACAUCUAGAAUCAUCCCAAUCCCACGAGCAGACACGAGCAGAGUCGUCUACAGAAACGUACUCUGUCAGAAUGAAACGCAUCCUUGCGUGGCGCGAGAAUUUCUCCUCAUCCAUCGGCGCCACUUUCUCAGAACCCCACCUACCAUCAUCAUUGAAGCGCAAGCUCGCUUGUGAUGAGGAGGACGAUGAUAACGUAUCCCACACAUCCAAACGAUCACGUUCGCAGGCAUCUCAGGGGGCGGCUAGCGCAGUCUCGCUUGGGAUGCACUCCUGUCCUGCGUGCGACGCAUCUUUUUUUACUCAGCAAAGUCUGCGCCAACAUGGGCUAGAUGCCAAAGCCAACGAAGCUUGCUCCGUGGCCGUGGAAUACGCUUUCGAGUGAUCCACCCACCCUUCUUCCUUGCAUCGUUUUCUUCCUUGCAUCGUCUUCUUGUGAAGGCUACCAACACCGGGACUCUUCGCCCCUCUUCGCCCCCUCCCUUCUGCAUCGCCCACCUUAUGGCCGUUUACAUCUAUUUUACCUCAAAAGCCAUCCAUCCUGCACUAGGCUUUCGUGCUAAUCACCGCAAUUCGUCUUGGUCACAUCUGUACACAACACCAUCAUCACUUAGAACCCAGCAUUCUCAACUGCACCACCAAAAAGCAUCAUCAGCAUUUGUACUACCACACUCUUCAUCACACAACGCAUUAUCCCGACCACCAUUCACGCUGUUUUCUCGAAAACGCCUUUUUUACGAACCACCCCAAAUUUAUCAACUUCAUAUUACUUAUUCUUACCUAUAAUGUGGCAUCCAGCUACCGUAUAUAUACAUUCAAUCAAAACGUAACGCUCGAGCAUGCAAUGCACGCGAUUUUCGAA